CAGGGCUUCAACCGCCGCAUAAAACCCCUCCAGCACGCACGGCUUCAACUACCAAGCAUCAGUAACAAUCUCGCGCCCAUUUCCCGACUCAUUCAUCAGAAUCCGCAAACAUGCAAUCACUCAAAUAUGUCCUCUGCCUCACCUUCCUCUCCCCACUGGCAACCGCCCAAUCCUCCAGCCAGGCCAACUGCACCGUCUUCAACUGGGACCACAACGAAGCCUACCUGAAAACCUACCCUCCCCAGCGUGUCUCCGCCGCGGAGACCUGCUCCAGCAACGCUAACCUGACCUGCGCCCUCACGGCCGCCGGCGACGCAAGCUACACCGCCCGCACCAACCUCACCAGCCUCUCCGCCACGGCCUUCGCGACGGUCGUCGACGAGACGGUCGGCAAUGCGACGCUGACUGAGGAGUUCAGUGACUCGAGCGUGGGAGCAAUCGACGGCACGCGCCUGCUCCGUCCGGGCCAGUCGGCCUAUUUGAACUUCACGGCCUAUCAAUACUGCUACACGGGGACGGUGGAGGGCUGUACGUCCGGGGUGGAGAAUCGGACGGCAGUGGAGGCGUGCGCGCCGCUGUACCAUACCAGUGCGGAUGAUUCGGCGGUGAUGGAUGGGUUUCUUACAGUUGUCAAUGUGAGUCAAGGGCAGGUAGGGCAGUUGAAGGAUCCGUAUGAGAAUCAGCAGCGCGGGGAGGGGGGGGUUGUCAGUGUAGGAAGGACUGGGUGGGUGGUUGUAAUGCUUGGGAUUUUGGGUGUUUUGAUGGCUUAGUGUCACUUAGGAUAUGCUUUCUUCAUCUGGUAUUGUGGUUGGUCUGGUUCAAGAUCAGAUGUGAAAUACCAUUGUCUUGCUUGUUUUUUGGGAUUGCAGCUUGGCCAACCCGCCAUCAAGGCAUCAACCAACAAGCCACUGUGAGGCAAGCUCGACAUAUCUCAUUGAUUUCUAGAAGACAAUGUCUCUAAACGUG